AUGUCGGCCUCUUCACAUUCUCAUGAUGAGGAAACCUGGUCCAAGGGUGAAUCAACACCCACAUACGAAUCCAUCAACUACAUCAAUCAACAGGAUGUCGAGACUCUCACACGCAUUGCGACUCUACAAUCACGUCGGCAGUCGACCACCGCCGCCCAUCGCCUGGCAUCCAUCGCCCAACACGAUGUCACAUUGGACCCACAGAGCAAGGAAUUCGAUCUGCGAAAAUGGCUCGGUGCUGCCAUGAGCGAUGCCGCCCGGGAUGGCCGCCCGGGCCAGAACAUGGGCAUUGUGUUCAAGCAGCUUAAUGUCUAUGGAUCGGGUGCAGCUCUGCAGUUCCAGGACACGGUCGACUCCAUGUUGACUGCUCCUCUUCGAAUUCCCCAAGUCGUCCGGGAAUCACAUGCCCCUCAAAGGCGGAUUCUGAAGGACUUUAAUGGUCUGUUGAAGAAGGGUGAACUGCUUUUGGUCCUAGGACGUCCCGGUGCUGGCUGCAGUACACUCCUUAAGUCCCUUUGCGGUGAACUGCAUGGUCUAGAUCUUGAUAAGGAGAGCACUAUCCACUAUAAUGGUAUCCCUCAAUCUCGAAUGGUCAAGGAGUUCAAGGGCGAAGUGGUGUAUAACCAGGAGGUCGAUCGCCAUUUCCCCCAUCUGACCGUCGGUCAAACACUGGAAUUCGCCAGUGCCACACGAACCCCAUCUCAUCGCUUCGAGGGAAUGUCGCGCUCGGAAUACGCCAAAUACAUGGCCCAGGUUGUGAUGGCCGUUUUCGGUCUCAGCCACACAUACAACACCCGCGUUGGUGAUGACUUUAUCCGCGGUGUGUCCGGUGGUGAGAGAAAGCGAGUGAGUAUCGCGGAGAUGGCUCUGGCAGCAGCACCUCUGGGCGCGUGGGAUAAUUCCACGCGAGGACUCGACUCUGCCACCGCCCUGAAGUUUGUCGAAUCGCUGCGACUACUUUCUGAUCUUGCCGGCUCUUCUCACGUCGUCGCGGCUUAUCAAGCUAGUCAGAACAUUUACGACGUCUUCGACAAGGUGGUCGUUCUCUACGAAGGUCGCCAGGUCUUCUUUGGAUCUGCCAAGGUCGCAAAGGGAUACUUCGAGCGACAAGGAUGGGUCUGUCCUGCUCGUCAGACAACCGGAGAUUUCCUCACCUCGGUGACGAACCCAGGAGAACGUCAAGCCAAACCCGGCUUCGAAAACCGCGUUCCUCGCACCCCCGAAGACUUCGAGAAGGCAUGGCUCAGCUCUGCCGAGUACGCACAGCUGCAAAAGGAGAUUGCUGCGUACGAGCAGGAGUAUCCUGUGAAGGAGGACUCAUCAGCUGUCAUCGAGUUCCAGGAAAAGAAGCGUGGCAACCAAGCCAAGCAUACCCGACCCAAGUCGCCCUACAUCAUCAGUGUGCCGAUGCAGAUCAAGUUGAACACGGUCCGCGCGUAUCAACGGCUUUGGAACGACGCAGCCGCCACAGUCUCAACAGUCGUCAGUAACAUCAUUAUGGCCCUCAUCAUCGGAUCCGUAUUCUACGACUCUCCCUUCGAGACCUCCGGCUUCCAGGCUCGUGGAGCCACGCUCUUCUUCGCCGUUCUGCUCAACGCUCUUACCGCGAUGAGCGAAAUCAACAGUCUUUACGCACAACGCCCGAUCGUCGAGAAACAUAAUUCAUACGCCUUCUAUCACCCUUUUACCGAAGCAAUUGCAGGUAUAGCAGCCGAUAUACCUGUCAAGUUCCUCCUCGCAGUCGCCUUCAACAUAAUUAUCUACUUCCUGUCCGGACUUCAGCGCGAGGCAGGCAAUUUCUUCCUCUACUUCCUGGUUACGUUCCUGAUCAUGUUUGUCAUGAGUGCGGUUUUCCGUACUCUAGCGGCAGUCACGAAGACGGUAUCACAGGCCAUGGGUUUAGCUGGUGUGAUGAUUCUUGCUCUGGUUGUCUACACAGGCUUCGUCUUACCCGUUCCGUCUAUGCAUCCCUGGUUUGAAUGGAUUCACUAUCUGAAUCCAAUUUACUACGCCUUUGAAAUCCUGAUUGCCAACGAAUUCCACGGGAGAGAUUUCCCCUGCUCCCAGUUCGUCCCAUCCUACGCUGACUUGGCGGGUGACGCUUUCGCUUGCUCUGUCACUGGUUCUGAAGCUGGAAAGACAACCGUCAAUGGAGAUACCUAUAUGUGGUUGAACUACAAGUACACCUACGAGCACGUGUGGCGCAACCUGGGUAUCCUUUUCGCGUUCCUGGUCGGUUUCAUGAUCAUCUACUUUGUUGCUUGCGAGCUCAACUCUUCUACCACGAGCACUGCUGAAGCACUUGUCUUCCGUCGCGGUCAUGAGCCCCCAAACAUGCGCCGUGGCCACGAGAAGUCAGAUAACGAUGUUGAAAACACCUCGGAGGCACCUGUGCGACAGUCCACCACCGACGGAGACGAUGGAAAGGGUAUGUCGGCGAUUCAGCCUCAGACCGAUAUAUUCACCUGGCGCGAUGUGAGCUACGACAUUGAGAUCAAGGGCGAGCCUCGUCGUCUCUUGGAUCAUGUCUCUGGAUGGGUCAAGCCUGGCACACUCACUGCUCUUAUGGGUGUCAGUGGAGCCGGUAAGACCACUCUCUUGGAUGUCUUGGCUCAUCGGACUUCCGUCGGCGUUGUGACUGGUGACAUGUUUGUGAAUGGAAACGGUCUCGAUGCCAGUUUCCAGCGGAAGACGGGUUACGUCCAGCAGCAGGAUCUGCACUUGGAGACUGCUACCGUUCGUGAAAGUUUGCGUUUCAGUGCUCUCUUGCGUCAGCCUGCCAGUGUUCCGAUUCAGGAAAAGUACGACUACGUUGAACAGGUUAUUGGAAUGUUGAAGAUGGAAGAUUUCGCUGAGGCCAUUGUCGGUGUCCCCGGUGAAGGUCUGAAUGUUGAGCAGCGCAAGCUUCUUACUAUCGGUGUUGAGCUGGCGGCGAAGCCUAAGCUGCUUCUUUUCUUAGAUGAGCCGACCAGUGGUCUCGACUCCCAGAGUUCAUGGGCUAUUUGCUCCUUCCUCCGCAAGCUCGCUGAGCACGGCCAAGCCGUCCUUUGCACCAUUCACCAGCCUAGCGCUAUUCUCUUCCAGCAAUUCGACCAGCUUCUCUUCCUCGCCCGAGGUGGCAAGACUGUGUACUUCGGCCCUAUCGGCGAGCAGUCUCGUACUCUCCUGGAUUACUUCGAGUCCCACGGUGCCCGCAAGUGCGACGACAGCGAAAACCCCGCCGAAUUCAUGCUUGACGUCGUCAACGCCGGAUGCAACCCCCAGGGCCAAGACUGGUUCGAUGUCUGGAAGGAAAGCAAGGAGUCCGGCGAGGUCCAAUCCGAGAUCGAUCGCAUCCACAAGCAGCAAGAGGGCAAGGGAGGUGACGACGACGAUGCUUCUACGCAAGCCGAGUUCGCCAUGCCCUUCUGGUUCCAGCUGUACCAGGUCACCUACCGUGUCUUCCAGCAGUACUGGCGCAUGCCGUCCUAUGUUAUCUCCAAGUGGGGACUGGGUAUUGCAGCUGGUCUCUUCAUCGGUUUCUCUUUCUACCAGGCCAAGACAUCGUUGCAGGGAAUGCAGACUAUCAUCUACUCAGUCUUCAUGCUUUGCACGAUUUUCACCUCGCUGGUGCAGCAACUGAUGCCUCUGUUCGUUACUCAACGAUCUCUCUACGAGGUCCGUGAGCGUCCCUCCAAGGCCUACUCCUGGAAAGCCUUCCUGAUCGCAAACGUCAUCGUCGAAAUCCCGUACAUGGUCAUCACUGGUAUCCUGAUCUUCGCCUGUUACUUCUACGCUGUGGUUGGCAUCCCAAGCUCUGUCAGCCAGAUUACCGUUCUCCUCCUCUGUAUCCAAUUUUUUAUCUACGCCAGUACCUUCGCCCAAAUGUGCAUUGCUGCACUUCCCGACGCCCAAACCGCCAGCGCCGUCGUCGUCCUUCUCUUCGCCAUGUCCCUCACCUUCUGCGGUGUGAUGCAGCCUCCCUCCGCCCUACCAGGCUUCUGGAUCUUCAUGUACCGCGUAUCACCCUUCACCUACUGGACCAGUGCAAUGGUCUCCACCCAAGUCCACGGCCGCGCAAUCGAGUGUGCCGAUUCCGAGCUGUCCAAAUUCAACCCGCCAUCCGGCCAGACUUGUUGGCAAUACCUUGAGAAAUACGCUACUCUCGCCGGCGGCCAGGUUCUGAACAAGGAAGCUACCUCGAACUGCGAGUAUUGCUCUCUGACGGUUGCCGAUCAAUACACCUCGCAGUCGGAUAUCUACUACUCUGACCGCUGGCGAAACUUCGGCAUUGUUUGGGCUUUCAUUAUCUUCAAUAUCUUCAUGGCUACGAUGCUUUACUAUCUUUUCCGUGUUAAGAAGUGGGAUCUUGAAGGCAUGAAGAAGAAGUUUGCCAAUAUUCUUCCUUCGAAGAGGUCCAAGGCUGAUAAAUGA